UAUAAAUCCGUGAUUGAACUUCAGUGGCCGCCCGUGAGUCUGCACCAAGGUCUUCUCCUCCUCUCCUGCCUCUAACUGCCUGCGAGCUGCGUGCGUCUCCUCAGAUGCUGAGGGAGUAGCUCAGGAAGGAGGGUGGAGGAAGAGAGAGACUGAGACCAAAAAAAAAAAAAGAAGCACAAAGAUUUCAGCACCGGAGCUGUCCGCAGCUCUUGGAGAAGUCUCUAUUCCUGCGAAAAGGGAGGAAGCUGCUUCCGACUGUAAAUUUUCUCUGUGGGACUGUGAGGAGAGAGAGGGAGGUGGGAGAGAGGAAUAAUAAACUGCCGUGCCAUCAUCUCUCUGCGGGGCUUCGGACAGCCGCGUAACGGCGCACAUACUUCAUUCGAGCAAAGUCUUGCCAUGCUGGACGCCCGGGCGUGAGACAGAAAGGAUAAAGUCUCCACAUAAAGUCGAGGUGAAAAACAAGCCUUUUUACUCUUCACGCCAUGGGAGUGCUCAUGUCAAAAAAGCAGCAGGUAGAGAAGGUGCAGAAAUGCAACGCUGUCGUCUCAGCCUUCCAGGCGGGCAUUAAGGACCGUCCUGCCCCACCCAAACAGGCAGAGGGAGAAACGGAGGAAGGCCAAGGCUCGGCCAAACCUUCAACCAACAAUGACGAGAAGAACGCAGAGGAGACAGAGCAAGAUGAAACAGACAACAGCGCCGGUCCGUCGACCUCCCAGCAGGCCUCGGGUUCGACGAGGGAUGAGUGUAAGGUCAAUCAGGAGGCUUGGUCGAGGUUACGGGAUGGGAAAGGAGUGGAGCCUGAGGAUCUUGACAAGAGCCAUCAGCUGACGCCGCCUGCUUUUGUGCGGCCCAAAAGGGAAGCCGAUGAUGACCAGCCUGUAGAUGUGGAGCUGAAAAAGAAAGAGCAGCCAACGAGCGACGAGAUGUGCGACGUGUGUGAGGUGUGGACAGCCGACGACCUGUACCCCUGCAGGAUCUGCACUCGGGUGUUCCACGACGGCUGCCUGAGGGAGCUGGGCUACCUGCGUGCUGAGGCCUUGCAGGAGAUGAGAGAUACGGCCCACACUGUUACUGGCUGGAGCUGCUACUAUUGUGAUAAUCUGAAUCUGCUCCUAACAGAGGAAGAGAUGUACAGCCUCAUGGAGACCUUCAAGCAGUGCAAAAUCAUCCCAGAGUCAUGCCUGGUGUCAGACGAGCUGCUGCAGUACCGCCACUUUGCAUCCAAGCAACAGUUUGAUAAGGACCUGACUGAUGAGCAAGAGGAGGAAGUCCUGGCCCAGUUUGCGGCGCUGGAUCCUGAGAAGAAGGGUCACAUUGAAUGGUCCGACUUCCUUUACUUUGAGUCUCUGGCAGUGUUGAGGAAGUUUCGCACAGAGAACUCUAUGGUGCGUCUCUUGACUGCCAAGGAGAGAAACAAAGCACGAUCAGUGUUCCUGGGUCUGGACCUGGAUGAAGACGGCGUGAUCACGAGAGCGGAGUGCCGCCAGGCCCAGCAGUCCUGGUUCCACAAGCUCAACAAAGACUCGCAGUCGUGCAAUGUGAGACUCAUGGGACUCUGCUCUCCUAUGAAUUGUGGUAUAAGUCAUGUUGGCCCCAUAUGUGAGAGCAGUCCGGCCAGUUCUGGCAGUGAAAGGAGCAAGACUGAUGACAGCAGGCCAGUGACCUGGGCAGACUUUUUAAGGGAGAGUGCCAUCUAUGUUUUGGCUGCGCGGCCCAAUAGUUCUGCCAUGCACAUCCGUCUGCCUCUAUAGUCCAGGAUCCUCCACUGCACCUCAGCAGAGAGAGAGGGAGAAAGAGAGAAGGUGUAUCCUAUAGUCUACAGAUGAGCGGAGGAAGAUAAACGUGGUGACACAAUGACACGCGGAAGGCGACUGAGCCAACUGGAUAAAGCACUGAGAGACAGCGGAUCAAGCCAUCGACAGGAUCUCUCCUCCUCUGCGUCACCUCAACCCCACAACACUUGACAACACACACACACACACGCUGAUUGACACACCGACGACGCAAGCGACAGCAGCUGUCACAGGUCCCAACUCCCAUUGACUUGACGGCCUACAACAAAUGCGAGAGAUAGGACGAGGAAGACAACCACUCACCCACGACUUGUCAGCCAAUCAGUGAUAAUUUUGAAAACUUCGGGUCUAGCCAUCAUGCACACUAUCAGAUAAGCUCCCAGGAUGCUCUCACUUUAUUAAAUGACAAAUACCACACACUCUAUGGCCCUCCAGCUGCAUAACACUCCUCUCCAUGCGGGUACAUUAGUGUGACAGGCUGUUACUCUUUCAAACAUUCAUUCCUUCGGGUCUCAUCGUGUCCUAAUAAUAGUUCCAUGCUCCUAUAAUGGGACUGUGUUAUUCACCAUCAAAAUUGUUAAUCACACUACACAGAGGCACAUGCAAAUUCAUUAUUGGUAAUGUCUGACAAGUGGAUAGACUUCUGGGAGGAGAUUUAACCCUGCAGCUGCCAUUAUCAGAACGUAUACCAAACGGGAAUGAAAGCUAUCCGCGUACAUGAUAUUAUAUGGGAACUGCUAUUCAUGCCAGUAUAAAUUAUUAUUAUGCAUUAAAAAAGCUGUAUUUAUUCCUGUAUCCUCUGAUGUAUCAUCUGUUUUCCCCAGUCUCAUCCAAGAGUCUAUGUUCUUCUGAAGUACUAACCGUGAAAAAGGAUGUUAAUGAAAGCUCGCCCAGUAAAUGACAUGCAUAUACUGCCAUAUAGUACAUUUGGUUCCUGUUGUGCUCAGAGCUGCACUUUGACAAGGUGGAAACAUCUGCCCUCCUGUUCGAGUGCCAUUAUUUGCACUUUGGGAAUGAGAUGCGGAUGGACUACUGUGUGACAUAAUCACUGUAAUUCAAAUACUGAAAGACAAUGGGAGAUCUGGUGCAAACAUUUGUCCUUUGUUAAUAUGCAGAAGCACUGUUUAAAGAAAAAGAAAAAAAAACACAUUGUUAUGGAAAACGUGGUGGGAAUUUCUAUAAUGUUACAGGUUAUACAACAAUUUAAAUGCACAUGAAACUGCCCAUAGAGUCACUGGAAACAUUCUGUAACAAGUAGAACUUCAUGUAGUAUUUAUGCCAUGUAAUGAAGGGGCCUAUGCCGGGUCCUUAAAGUGAAUAAAGUAUGGUUAUGACAUGAAUCUUGAUUGUCUGAGAGAUAUGUCGCAGUGCUGAAAUA